GUCUUUCUCUCUCCUCCUUCCCUCCCAAAACCCCUCAAACCCUUGGCGGCUGCUUUGAGGCCUCACGUCUCUCCUCUCUCUCUCUCUCUUCCCCCUCCCUCCCUCCCUCCUAGGGUUUGCCCCCCUCCCUCCCUCCCUCCGCCCGCCAAUCUUAAACCCUUGGAGGCUCCGGUUCAAGGGUUUUUACCCGCCCCCCGAAGAUCUGCUCAUCGAUCUUCUCUUUUGGUCGAUUCUCGUCAUGGCUAACGUCGGCGCUCCCGCAGAUCAAGCCACAGAUUUGCUCCAGAAGCUUUCCUUGGAUGCUCAGCCCAAGCCCCUGGAGAUACCCGAACCAACUAAAAAGACUUCUUCGAAUCAGUAUGGGUCUGUUGACGCGGGUAACGCCGCAAAUGGUCAGGUCCAGCCGAAUGACCGCGCAAUGACCCCUGUGCUACCAGACUUCAUGGAUCCGACCAUGUGCUAUGUUCCAAAUGGUUAUCCCUCCACUGCCUAUUAUUAUGGAGGGUAUGAUGCUACUGGGAAUAACUGGGAAGAUUACUCCCGCUAUGCAAAUGCUGAGGGCGUUGAUUUGACUUCUGGUGUUUAUGGAGAGGAUGGGUCUCUUAUUUAUCACCCUGGCUAUGGGUAUGCCCCCUAUGGUCCAUACUCACCAGCAGGUACCCCUGUUCCCGGGAAUGAUCAGCUUUAUGGGACCCAGCAUUAUCAUUACCCAUCGCCUUAUUUCCAGCCACUGGCUCCGACCAGUGCCCCGUACAAUGCAAAUCCCACUGCGCCUCCUCAGGGGGAGGUUUCAGCCUCUUCUGCUGCUGACCAAAAGCCUUUGCCCAUUGAAACAGUUAACAGCAACUCUGGUGUAACCACUAAUGGGGCGGUGAAGGGAACCGCUGGUUCAGCUCCAGUGAAAUCAGCACAUCAGAGUUCUUUCAAUUCCAAUGGGUCCUUUGGAAGGGGUGCUUUUCCUGGAUACCAGGAUCCAAGAUUUGGGUUUGAUGGGAUGCGUUCUCCCAUUCCUUGGUUGGAUGGCUCGGUGUUUUCAGAUGGGCAGCCUAGGCCUGUUACCAGUGGUGCGAUGAACAACACUAUUUCAAAUGCUAACAGUGCCCCUUCUUCAAGGAACCAGCAGUUCCGGCCAAAUUCUCACUUCAUGGGUUUACACCACCCAAGACCAAUAUCUGGCAUAGGAACAGCUAAUGCCUUCAUGAAUAGGAUGUACCCAAACAAGUUAUACGGUCAGUAUGGAAGUGCGGUCAGAUCUGGCAUGGGAUUUGGAGCAGCUGGACGAAAUUGGCUAGCUUUUGACAACAAGUAUAAGAACAAGGGACGUGGGAAUGGCUACUAUGGCUAUGGAAAUGAUAGUGCAGAUGGUCUGAAUGAGCUCAACAGGGGACCAAGAGCGAAGAACACUAAGAACCAGAGAGGCGUUACACCUGUUGCAGUGGCAGUGAAGGGUCAAACUUUGCCUGCCAAUGGAACUACUGAGGAGGAGAAUGAAAUGAAGAGCUUGGCUCCUGAUCGUGAGCAGUACAACAAAUCUGAUUUUCCUGAGGAAUAUGCUGAUGCUAAGUUUUUCAUUAUCAAGUCCUACAGUGAGGACGACGUACACAAGAGCAUCAAGUACAAUGUUUGGGCCAGCACUCCUAAUGGUAACAAGAAACUUGAUGCAGCGUACAAAGAGUCUCAGGAGAAAGAUGGCGGCUGUCCUAUCUUCCUUUUCUUCUCGGUCAAUACCAGUGGUCAAUUUGUUGGUGUUGCGGAAAUGGUUGGCCCAGUAGACUUCAACAAGAAUGUUGAGUACUGGCAGCAGGACAAGUGGUAUGGUUGUUUCCCAGUGAAGUGGCACAUUGUUAAGGAUGUACCCAACAGUUCACUGAAACACAUCAUCCUAGAGAACAAUGAGAACAAGCCCGUUACUAACAGCCGGGACACUCAGGAGGUGAAAUUAGAACAAGGUCUGAAGAUGAUCAAGAUUUUCAAGGAACACUCCUCCAAGACUUGCCUUUUGGAUGACUUUGAGUUUUAUGAGAACCGGCAGAAGGCAAUUCAGGAGAAGAAGGCUAAGCAACAGCAGGUCCAGAAACAGGUUUGGGAAGGAAAGCUUCACGGUGAGAAGGACGUGGUGAAUGGGGAACUGAAGUUGCAGAAGUCACCGGAAGUAGCAUCUGUUUUGGUUAAGGAAACUGCCCCAGCGGCCCAAGCUAAUGGAGAUGUGAAGCAACCUGAAGACGGGAAAGUGCUGAUUGCAGUCGCAAAUGGAGUCGCAAACGGCUGUUAAUCUACUCUAUACAUAGCGGCGGCCUUACCGAUGGAGCACCGAUUUGUGAAACCAACAUCCGCUGAUGCUAUUGUUCGUUCAAACUGGAGCGGCUGCCAGAUUCUAUUUGUCGAGUACUGAAUAAUCCGGUGGGGGGAUGGAGAAUUCAUCUCUGAAUGGAGGGAUAUACGGAGGCAGGCUUUUCAGAUGCUGCGACAUUCGAGUUCCAUUUGUUGGGUUAAGUGCUUGGUUUUUGAUUUUUCUUGUUUUCAGGUUUUUUUUUCUUCAGUAGGAUUUAGUUAAUAGCUCCUAACAGGUUUUCAGUCUCUAGGAGUUUGUCAUGGGGUGAAGGGUAUUAGGGGGUUGGUUUCUACAUCCUUUUUGUUUCAGCUUAUUUUCCUUUUUUUUUUUUGGCUUUUGUUAUUUUUAUUUGUAUUUUUUUUUUGGGUUUUCCCUACCUUGUAAAAUCAAGAUCCUCUUAUGGAGGGCAGAGCAGAUCAAAACAGAAUAUGUACUUUGUGAGAGAGACACACAGAUGGAAGAAGAAGAAAAAAGAAGAAGAAGAAAACAAGGUGGGAAGAAUGAAAUAGUCAGUAAUAGUAGUAUCUUUGGAGCUAUAUAUGCUCCGGAAGAUUUUCAAUGAAAGUCCGCCUUAUUUUUCUGUCUCCA